AACAAAGGCCGUGAUUGUGGAGAGAUAUAUGCCGUGCCGAGAACCGAAACUCCCGCGCUCUGCAUAGAGAUUCCCGAUUUCCCAUUACAUAUACUUAAAAAAGAAAUAAGAACACAGACACUCUCUCUCUCUCUCUCAUGCUUUUCACUUGGAGUCGUCGUCUCUUUCUCUCUUGCUAUUUCGUUCUCUUUUAGCUUCUGUUUUGGUAUCUAGCCUGGCGUUCUCUCUCUUUCUCUCUCACACACACACGCACACAGACUCAAUUCAUUUAUUCUCGAUUUUUAACGUUUUCUUACCGCAGAUCGUCUCCUUCUCUAUUUAAUCACCCGCCGUUCGACAUCCUUAGAUCCGUACACCACCCAAUGCCUCGACUUUGACCGAUCGCGAUCGGAUAAUAGUCGUAGCGCGCGCAUGGGGCAGUGCUACGGCAAAAACAUUUCCGUCGCCGAGGAUGACACCACCGCCGGCGGCGUCACUGCCGUCAAUCGCCCGCAAACACCGUCAACGUCUACAGCCGCCAACGGCACCAUCAACGUUCCUUCUGUUAAAAACACACCUGCUCACUCCUCUACCAGCGCUUGGCCAAGUCCAUACCCUCCCGGUACUAGUCCACUUCCCGUUGGGGUAUCUCCGUCACCGGCCAGGCAGACUCCUCGAAGAUUCUUCCGCAGGCCUUUUCCUCCUCCUUCGCCGGCGAAGCAUAUCAAGGCGUCUAUUGCGAAGCGUCUGGGCCCACCAAAGCCCAAGGAAGGGCCGAUUCCCGAGGACGGCGCGGAUGUUGAGCGGCCACUAGAUAAGAGCUUCGGUUACGGGAAGAAUUUUGGUGCCAAGUACGAAUUGGGGAAGGAGGUUGGCCGUGGCCAUUUCGGGCAUACAUGCUCGGCUAAGGGCAAAAAGGGAGAGCUCAAGGGUCAGGUUGUGGCUGUGAAGAUUAUCUCCAAAGCUAAGAUGACAACACCAAUAUCAAUCGAAGACGUUCGUAGGGAAGUGAAAAUCUUGAAAGCAUUAUCUGGGCACAUGAAUCUGGUCAAAUUUCAUGAUGCGUGUGAGGAUGUGAAUAAUGUCUACAUAAUUAUGGAAUUGUGUGAAGGUGGAGAACUUCUAGACAGAAUUUUAUCUAGAGGUGGAAGAUACACAGAGGAAGAUGCAAAGGUUAUUAUUGUGCAGAUUUUAAGUGUCGUGGCCUUUUGUCAUCUUCAAGGUGUUGUACACCGUGAUUUGAAACCAGAGAACUUUCUUUUCACCUCUAGAGAUGAUGAUGCUUCAAUGAAGCUUAUUGAUUUUGGUCUUUCUGAUUUUAUCAGGCCAGAUGAAAGACUCAAUGAUAUUGUUGGCAGUGCAUACUAUGUUGCUCCUGAAGUCCUUCACAGAUCGUAUAGUAUGGAAGCAGACAUUUGGAGCAUUGGUGUCAUAACAUAUAUAUUAUUAUGUGGAAGUCGGCCUUUCUGGGCAAGGACUGAGUCAGGAAUUUUUCGUUCUGUUUUGAGAGCUGAUCCUAAUUUUGAAGAAUCACCUUGGCCUACAGUAUCACCCGAAGCGAAAGAUUUUGUGAAAAGGCUUCUUAACAAGGACUACAGAAAGAGGAUGACUGCUGCACAAGCCUUGACUCAUCCAUGGUUGCAUGAUGAAAACCGCCCUGUCCCCUUGGAUAUUUUAAUCUAUAAGUUAGUCAAGUCAUAUUUCCGUUCAACACCUCUCAAACGUGCAGCAUUGAAGGCACUAUCAAAAGCUUUGACAGAGGAUGAGCUCGUUUAUCUUAGGGCUCAGUAUCAGCUGCUGCAACCAAGUCAAGAUCGCUAUAUCUCUCUUGAAAACUUCAGAGUGGCUCUUAUGCGUAAUGCAACUGAUGCCAUGAGGGAGUCGAGGGUUCCUGACAUUUUAAGUGCGAUGGAACCACUUGCAUAUAGAAAGAUGGAUUUUGAAGAGUUCUGUGCAGCGGCAAUCAGCACAUAUCAGUUGGAAGCUCUUGAAAGGUGGGAGCAGAUUGCAAGUACAGCUUUUCAGUACUUCGAGGAGGAGGGGAACAGAAUUAUUUCGGUUGAGGAGUUGGCAGGGGAAAUGAAUCUGGGACCUUCAGCUUACUCUAUUCUCCGUGACUGGAUCAGAAGGGAAGACGGGAAGAUCAGUUUCCUUGGAUAUACCAAAUUUUUGCAUGGUGUGACAAUCCGUAGCUCAAAUACAAGACAAUAGUAUUUUAUUUUAUUCUAUUUUAUUUUAUUUUUUUUUUACAGCCGAUGGGGCAAAUUGAUUUUCGAAAUUCGUGGGCAUCGAAAUGUCUGCAGAUUUCUUUUUUUUUUUUUUUUGGUUGAGGAAGUGUGUACAAAAAAAUUUAUAGGUUAAGGCCGUUAAGCCACCAGUUGCAUGCAAGGUUUUGAGGCA